CUCUCUCUCCCUUUUCCCUCCCUAUUUUCUCUCUCCUCUCAAUCUCUCACUCCGUCGAUUCUCUCCGGCCACAUGGCCACCGCCGACUCCGAUCUGGAUUACGACUUCCCCUCUCUCGAUUACGACCUUCGCUUUCUCAGCCUCGCCGGAACCGACGUCUUCUCCGCCUUCCAAAGCCUCUUACCGGAUGCGAUGACUUCAUUUUCAACUUGUGAACUAGCAGACCCUCUUUGUUCCCAAAACCUCACUCCCAAGCAUUCCACCAUCACAGCUACCAUUGAUACUCAGUCAUCGAUUUGUGGCACUGCUAACGUUGGCAGCCCCGUAUCAGCUAAUAAACCAGAGGGCAGAGAGAAUCAUACUAAAGGAGCAACAAGUGGUCCCUCUGAGCCGUCUGACGAGGAUGAUGAAGCAGGUAUUUGUGAACAGAGCACAAAUCCACUUGAAGUGAAGCGCCUUAAAAGGAUGGAUUCUAACCGCGAGUCUGCCAGAAGGUCAAGAAGAAGAAAACAAGCGCAUUUGGCUGACCUUGAGUUGCAGGUUGAAAAACUGAAAGUGGAAAAUGCAACCCUAUACAAGCAGUUCACUGAUGCUAGUCAACAAUUUCGUGAGGCUGAUACGAAUAACCGGGUGCUCAAAUCAGAUGUAGAAGCUUUGAGAGCCAAGGUGAAGUUAGCUGAGGAUAUGGUGACUCGGAGCUCUUUUACCACCUUAAACACUCAACUUCUUCAGACACAGUGUCAAUUGAGCACACCCCAGCAACUGAACACAACUAAUCUGCGGCGCAUGGCUCACGUUUCUCCAAGCAUCACCGUUCAUGGAAAUGAUGGUUCAUACAAUGGUGUCACAGUUGGUGGACAGAAUUCAGGUAUUGGAAACUUGGACAUGGCUUACAACGAUGUCAACAAUGGAGUCGAGCUGUGGGACUAUUCGGCCACUUGAUUAGACUUUAUUUGUAGCUUCCAAUUAGAUCCAACUUUAUAUUUUACGUCUUGUCUAAUUUGAUAAGUAGGCUAUGUUAUGUCUUCGCUUGAUUCUUCUUUAACGAUGCCUGUUAAAUGGUGUCUUAGUAGUUGUAUUAGUUUGUAUAAAAAGACUUUAUUACCUUAUCCAUUUCCGAUUAUAGUUAUAAUUGUAAAAAGACAAGCAUCUUACUUUGCCAUGUCAUCCAGUGGACAAGAAAUUCUAUUUGA